AUGAAGAAGAUUUCGCGGAUUUUGUCUCGGCGGCGGCCCGAUGACGCCGCAGACUCAGACUCGGAACGGUCACGACGCCGCGCGGGCUCGCCCACGGCCACGCCUCCGCCGGCGGCCACGGGCUUCCACCAGCUGCCCUUUCGACGGGCCACCGGCAGCGAGGUCGCCCUGGCGAGGACGCAUCGCAAGCUGAGCGCCGGCCCGAGGCCGUGGGUGCCGCUGUCGCAUGUUCUCCUGCCGCCGCCGGGGCUGCCGCCGUCGCCGCCGUCCGAUGGCGACUCGCAGAGGGGACUGACGCCGCCUGGCGCGCCGCAGUGUCCGUUUUGCGUCUUCUUCAGGGCCAUGAUUGGGCCUGUGCCGGCCGUGGGCGACGGCACCGCCAAGUUUCACCCGUAUCUGAGGAUCAGGCGGGCGUUUGAGCGGCUGGAUGGCGUCGGGGAGAGGCAUGAGCUUGCUGGCUCCGUCAUGAUCGAGGUCAUGACCAGGAAGAGGAGCCUGCCGUGGGGGUAUCUCGUCAAGGCCGACGAGGACGAGGGCUGGUCGAGGGAGAAACACGCGGGCACGGCGUGUAUGGCACCCGUCGAGAUGGUACGGGGGUUGAGGCUGGUCGACUGCACCGAGAUGCGUGUCGUCGCAGCCGAGGAGAUUCAGGCCCGUGGCGAGACGGACUAUCUUGCCUUGAGCUAUGUGUGGGCGCAGACGGAACUGGACUCAUCGCCUGACGCUCCGUCUGAUACUUCAGCCUCGACUCUCGGCCCGGAUGGCCGCUUGCCGGAAAGCGUGCCGCCGUUGUUCGCCGACGCCAUCGCAUUUACACGCAGCCUUGGAUUUCGAUACAUCUGGAUCGACCGGUUCUGCCUACCGCUCCCCGCCGGCGAGCGCCAGAAACAGGUCGACGCCGUGGGCGAGAUAUUCUCCCAGUCCCUGCUGACACUCAUCGUCGCCGCAGAAGAUACCUCCCUCGGCGGCAUUCCCGGCCUCAGCACCCCCCGCGAGGAGCAGCUCUGCCUCAAAACCAAGACCGGCCUCUACGCAACCUCUCUCGUGCGGCCUGAUCUCGAAGUCGCUUCCUCGAAAUGGGCCUCCCGCGCGUGGACCUUUCAAGAGGGCCUGCUUGCCCGCCGCCGCCUCAUCUUCACCCCGUCGCAGAUGUACUUCCAGUGCCGCACCCUCCACUGCCACGAAUCGCUCUCCCUACCUCUCCGCCUCGCGCCCUCAAUCUCCCUUGGGCGCGUGUUCCCCGCCGGCGACGGAUGCCCCCGGCAACCCGGCCAGUUCAAGGACCUCAUCAAGACCUACAUGUGCCGCGACCUGGCCGACAACCAAGGACGCCUCGACGCCCUCCGGGCCCUCCUCCGAGAGUACGCGCGCAUGGGUGGCCUUGCGGUGAAACAUUUCCUCGGCCUGCCGCUGUUUCAUCCAGACGACUUUGUGACGAGCAGGGUCGUUAGCGAAACGGAUCGCCUGGCCGCCGGCCUGGGGUGGAUCUGCGACUGGACGGGAUCGGUCGAGCCAUCGUGCCGCAGGACGGCUUCGUUCCCGUCGUGGACGUGGCUGGCCUGGAAUCUUCGAGAAGGUCUCACGGCCGCGGAUAGCAAGUUUGCCUUCAACCUCGUGGGGGAUGUGUCGCCCAUCCUGCACGGCGUAUCCGCGGCGCCCAGGAUGGAGAUCUCCGUGGGGUUCAAGGACGCCGCCGUCUUGUCGUGGGAGAUUGACGGGGACGCCAUUUCCAAGAAGAGCGAGGCCAUUGCGUUUCUGCGCCUCGAGACCUUCUCCUUUGACCUCGCGUUCACGGUGGAGGGGGCGCAGGCGAAACUGGGGGACGUGGCGCUGGCGAGCGAAAACAGAGCGCUUGUGGAGGCCAUGAUCACGGCGUCCUUGUCGGGACAAGAGGACGGGGCGUCGGGGUUUGCGUGUCUGGGCGUCCUGGUGUCGGGGCGGAACUGGAAGGGGGGUACUGACUGUGCGGCCACGGCCUUGAUAUGCGGCAGACGGACGUCGGGCGAAGACGCUGGUGCGUGGGUUCGGCUCGGCGCCGUGGCGAUUGAGUGUGAGGCGUUUGUAGACGGUCCGGAGGAGGCUGUUCUGAAGGGGGUUGAGGUGGACGAGGGCCAGAAGAAGGACCUGAGUGUCCGGCUACGAGAACUUGACUUGUAUUGA